AUGCGUGAGUGCAUCUCUGUACACGUCGGGCAAGCUGGAGUCCAGAUCGGUAACGCCUGCUGGGAGCUCUACUGCCUUGAGCAUGGCAUCCAACCCGACGGCCAGAUGCCCACCGACAAGACCAUCGGCGGUGGCGACGACUCUUUCAACACCUUCUUCAGCGAAACUGGCGCCGGCAAACAUGUUCCUAGGGCCGUAUUCGUGGAUUUAGAGCCUACUGUAGUCGAUGAGGUUCGCACAGGCACAUACAGACAGUUGUUUCACCCAGAACAACUUAUCACUGGUAAAGAAGAUGCGGCCAACAAUUAUGCACGUGGACACUACACAAUCGGAAAGGAAAUCGUAGACUUAGUUCUCGACCGCAUCCGCAAGCUCGCUGACCAAUGCACGGGUCUCCAGGGCUUCCUUAUCUUUCACUCCUUCGGCGGUGGCACCGGAUCCGGUUUCACUUCUCUCCUUAUGGAGCGUCUCUCUGUAGACUACGGAAAGAAGUCCAAACUCGAGUUCGCCAUCUACCCCGCCCCGCAAGUGUCCACCGCUGUCGUCGAACCCUACAACUCCAUCCUUACCACCCACACUACCUUGGAACACUCUGACUGUGCCUUCAUGGUCGACAACGAAGCUAUCUAUGAUAUCUGCCGCCGUAACCUGGACAUCGAACGCCCGACCUACACCAACCUUAACCGUCUUAUCGGCCAGAUAGUGUCCUCCAUCACAGCCUCCCUGCGUUUCGACGGCGCCCUGAACGUCGACCUAACUGAGUUCCAGACCAACUUGGUGCCGUACCCACGUAUCCAUUUCCCUCUCGUCACUUACGCGCCUGUCAUCUCGGCUGAAAAGGCUUACCACGAGCAGCUGUCGGUUGCCGAGAUCACUAACGCAUGCUUCGAGCCCGCUAACCAGAUGGUGAAAUGCGACCCCCGUCACGGAAAAUACAUGGCUUGCUGCAUGUUGUACCGUGGUGACGUCGUACCUAAGGACGUGAACGCUGCCAUCGCCACAAUCAAGACCAAGCGCACAAUCCAGUUCGUCGACUGGUGUCCCACUGGAUUCAAGGUUGGCAUCAACUACCAGCCCCCGACUGUGGUGCCCGGUGGUGACCUGGCAAAGGUUCAGCGUGCCGUGUGCAUGUUGUCCAACACCACCGCCAUCGCCGAGGCUUGGGCUCGUCUUGACCACAAGUUUGACCUCAUGUACGCCAAGCGCGCCUUCGUCCACUGGUACGUCGGUGAGGGUAUGGAGGAGGGAGAGUUCUCCGAGGCCCGUGAAGACUUGGCCGCUCUCGAGAAGGACUACGAAGAGGUUGGCAUGGACUCCGCAGAAGGUGAAGGCGAAGGAGCCGAGGAAUAUUAA